AUGGACCAAAAUGAGAAGGAUCCACCAGCUAUUCCACGAAGAGCUCUAGAAGACUGCCCGUUGUGCAGGGAUAGUGCACAUAGACUUGCCGAUUGCCCACAAUUCCCUAGUAAACUAGAGAAACUCCAGCAAUUCAGAAGACGUCAGAUAUGCUGUACGUGCGGAGAUCUUCAGUGUUCGCGGAUCAAUUGCCCAAAGGCGAUGGAGCAAUGUCAAAUCUGCAAAGGCAAGCAAGAAUACGGAAAAACCUUGCAUCUCUCAGAGAUCUGCAUCUUUGAGUCGCAUGUCUCAAAGAGACCAAACACGUCGGAGUUCAGACGUCCAAGAUUCUCGGCGCAACGCCCCAGAUCCAAGUCGCCAGCUAAGGAAACUCCAGUUCCAGCUCCAGCACCAGUAGCUGCACCAGCUCAAAAUCAGCAUUCUAUGAUGCCACAACAACAGUAUCAUCAGCAACCGAUGAUGCCAGCUGGUCCAACUUACGGCCCAGGGUACCCGAUGAACCCGAUGGUUCCAGCUCAGCAAUUUCAAUAUCAACAACCACAACAGAUGGUUCCGAUGCAGAUGCAACCGAUGCCACAACAACAGUAUGGCUACUAUCAACAACAGUCGGGUCCGGCAAAUCCACCAAAUCACCAUCAUCAGUAG